AAAAUGACUGUGACGAGUGAAGAAGACCUAUCUGAAAAAAUGAGCGAACUCUACGUUGCAGAAUGCAAUGCGGCUAAAGCUCGGCUCGAAGUUGAGACCGAAUGUCGAAGAAUCAUUGCUGAUAACUAUGAAAAAGUUCUGGAACGAGCAAAGGAAUAUUCGAAAAAGUUGGAAGCUCCUAUUUUGGCGAAAAUUUGCGAAGUCGGUUAUUUCUGCGGUGCCCAUGUAGUUCGCACGAAUCAAGUUACGAUGGAAAUGGGUGCAAACUAUUACGGAGAAUGCAGCAUUCAUACAGCUGAAAAGAUCUUGGAUCGGAGAGUUUCUGAAAUGAGAAGGCAGCGUGAGGAAGGUCUCGAUUCAAUUCGAAUGUUGGAUGACAAAAUAAAGUUUGCUCAAGAUAAUUUCUCAUCUGUUUCGAUUGAUGGAGGACCUAUCGAAAUUGUCGAGAAAUACGAUGAAGAGAUGGAAAAACUGUUUUAUCAAAAUCGCAAAAACAAAAAGAUGUCUCAAAAUGAUGAACAGAACGAGAAGAUAAUAGAAAAGAACAAAUUGAAUGGUGACCAAGAUCACAACGAUGUGAUGAACCGUUUGGAAGAACUAGAGAAACUGGAACAAGACAAUGAUGAGAUGGAAGAAGCUCCAAUUCCGAAACCUUUUGAAGUUUCAAACGAAGAUUUACAGGAUUUGGGUAAAUUAGAGGAAGUUGAGGAAGUUGAACAAGAUCCAACUGAUAAAAAACUAAGAUUUGGAAUGAAUGAACGUUUGCUGGCACAACCUGGAGUAACACAGAAGGAAAUGGAACGGCUGUUAGAUUUCUUAGACACUUGUGAUGAAGAGAGUUCCGAUGAGGAGUAUGAUGAAGAUGAAGAGGAAGGAGACGAUGAUGAAGAGAAUCUUAACAAUAGUGUAGAAGAACUCGACUCUGAUGAUUAUGCAUCUGAUGAUAAUAUCGAGAAAAGCAAUAAUUCUGACCAACAACUGAAAUCCAAAAAGAUAGAGACCCAAGUGAUUAAGGUCGAAGAAAUUGUUGAGGAAACCGUAACAAAAACCACCGUCAAACGGAAAAAAUCGGGAGUUCGAUUUGCGCAACAGCUUGAAAAUGUGAAAACAUUCCAUCAAACAGACACUGUCGAAAUCAAGGAAGAAGAUUCAGUUAUUGAAACCAAAUCAAUUCUCCGGAGCACUGAACCAACACCCGUUGAUCGUUCAGCUCUCGAACCCGAGCAAAAGGAACUUGCUGCGAUGAGCACAAUGACAUUUCCAGGAGAAAUUGUUGAGAAGAAUCCGUACGAGUGUGAGCCGUCGACAAGCAGAGACCCCGCUCCCGUCAUCACCGAGAAAAAAGUUUCCAAAUUCAGAGCUUCCAGGCAUAGAAAUUGAUCUUUACUUUCUAAUUUCUAUAUAAUUUUCAUAUCGUUCAGCUAUAUAUCAUUUUAUGCUCACUGUUAAACACUUUUGCCACAUUGGUCAACAUUUCCCCCGUAGAAUCUCUUUUUCUGUGUUUGAAAACUAACAUUUAAUAGUUGGCAGCAAUUAUCACGUUCCCAUUGUCAUUAAAGUUCUAGUAUAUUUCAAAAAUAAAAUUAAACAGUUUC